AUGCGUAACCACAUGGAAGCCGGGUGGUUCUAUUCACCUAGACAAAUUGCCAGAUAUGCUGCAACUCGAGUGACUAGUCUUAAGCCUCCAAAGGCAAGAGUUAACAACCCGGUACGAGUUUUAGCGGAAUUGAACGGAUAUCAGUGGUCUAUGUUCUUUCUAGGUUUCAUAGCAUGGGUUUGGGAUGCUGUUGACUUUUUCACUGUGUCACUAGCUCUGACGGAGAUUGCGAAAGAUUUUGGUGUUGAAAACUCUGAGGUUUCUUGGGGGAUAACCGUGUCUCUGAUGCUUCGGUCCGUUGGAGCGCUAACAUUCGGAGCAUUUGCUGAUCGAUAUGGAUGCAAGUGGCCCAUGAUAGUUGCAUUGGGUCUCUUCGUUAUCCUUGAGCUGGCAUCUGGGUUUUGCCAAACUCUACCACAGUUUCUUGCGGUACGAUCACUCUAUGGUAUUGCCAUGGGAGGCAUGUAUGGACCGGCUGCCAGCACAGCAUUGUCAGAUCUCCCUUACGACGCGAGAGGAGUCCUUUCUGGGCUAUAUCAAAACGGGUACUCUACUGGCUACUUACUUGCCUGUGUAUUUUACAGAGCCUUGGUUCCAACGACUAGUCAUGGCUGGCGGAGCCUCUUCUGGUUCUGCUCUGUUCCUCCAUUGUUUAUCAUAGUUUUCCGUUGGUAUAUGCCCGAAACAUGCCACUUCAAGGCAUUGAAGGCAAGUAGAGAGGCACAAGUCAUAAGCGAGCAAACCACUCAAGAACCAUCAGCCACAAGAUCUCGCAACACCACAAAAUACUUAGAAUUGGCUGCUUUCGCGAAAGAAUCUGCGAGAGCUAUCCGGCAAAAUUGGGUUCUGUUUAUCUACAUGGUCAUUAUGAUGACCGGAUUCAACUCCUGCUCCCAUGGCAGUCAAGACUUCUUCCCAACUUACCUGAAAAGCCAGGUAAAUCUCGAUGCUACUCAAGUUGUCAUAAUAUCGGUUGUUGGACAACUCGGCUCUAUCACAGGUGGCACCAUCUUAGGGUACAUCAGCACAUAUUCUGGCAGACGGCUCAUCAUGCUGAUUGCUUGUAUAUGCGGAGGAGCUUUGGUACCUGCAUAUAUAAUCCCGCGAAGUAUGGUUCUCGUCGCAACUGCAUUCUUUGAGCAGGUAUUUGUUGGCGGCGUUUGGGGACCAAUUCCGAUUCACCUUAUGGAAUUGUCACCGCCUGCGCUGCGAACGACGGUCGUAGGCCUGACUUAUCAGCUUGGCAACCUGGCUUCAUCUGCAUGUGCAACGAUUCAAGCAAUCAUUGGCGAGCGAUUCCCCCUGGCACCAGGACCACACGGAGAGAAGAGAUUCGACUACGGCAAGGUGAUUGCAAUAUUCAUGGGCUCUGUUUGGGCGUUCCUUUUUGUCUUACUGCUCAUUGGGCCUGAAAUGACGCAGGGAGAGAGGGAUGCGGAAGCUGAGGCAGCCCGGAAUCUGGAGAGGUUGCGACUUGAUGGCAUGAAUCUGGAUCAAGUUCAGGUCGUUGUUGCUGAAAAACAGGUGGAUUAG